AUGCCUGACACACACUCCGCGCGUAGGAAACGCAAAAGCGACGUGGCGGCGGACAACAGAGCAAAGCCAAAAGUUCCUCACAUGGACGCGAUCACCGAACCUGUUCCCUCUUCAUUCUUGCCCAGCCUGAUGGCGAUCAAGCAGGGCUUUUACCUAGAUUCUCCCAAUGAAUUGGUCAAGUUCUAUCAGUUUUGCACCACUUUGGAUGCGAAAGACCCCCUAGGUGCUUUGAUGGAUAUCCUCCAGCUGCGCCUUGUUGGGCCCUUUGAAGUCCUACACCUAGGUAUCUCCAGCUCCGUAGAGCCUGGGCGAUAUGUACUAUGUCACCGAUAUUUUCACGAUCCUCCAGAGUUAGUUACACUUCUGACCGGACCGAACAACCUACAUUAUGGAUACUUCAGGUACAAGCAUUACCUCCAUACUUAUCUCACACUGUGCAGAGACACUCCGACUGAAAAACCAGCAGUCGUCGUAAAAACAGAGCCUUCUAAUGGCGGGGAACUUAAUCUGGUUGCUCCCACCUUGUUUGCCGCAGUGAAAUCAGUGUUGAGCAAAAAGCCUACUGCCAGUGCGGAGGUUCUUCUGAAGAAGCUGUGUAACUUUGCAAAACAAAAUAACAUCAUUCUGGAUGAAACAGGGCGUGGUAUGACUCACUCAACUCCCUAUGCUUUCCUAGAAAAAUCGGAGCGACGUGCACGUUGCGUUUGCCCAACCCUGAAUGGUAUGGGUCUUGUUGUCAAGCUGAGAGAAGGGGAUAUCGGCUACCGACCUCUCUCUGUAACCGACUCUAAACUGUCCGCAUUACUGAAGGCGGUUGCCACCGCACAGACUGAGGAGUCACAAUUGGCAAAAUUGGAGGCAGUUGAUCAACUGAUAACUUAUGCCCAAUUCGCCUGUGACGAAGGAGAUUAUGGACAGAGUCUCGAGCUUGGCCUGUCUUUGCUCGCUUUUAGAACAAAAGUGGCCGAACAUGAACGCUUUACGAACUAUAUUUUGCCACGAAAACCAAGUGACCUGACUUUCGAUGAAACCGUUGCUGUUUUAUCGUCAAUCUCCGGAGAACAGGCCUCCUUGUUCAGCCGUCGAUUUCACUGUAUGAAUUUGAGCAAGAAUGCUUCUGAAGACUGGGUUACAUACGCGGGCAAAGUCAACAAGGAGUGUGAACGUUUCAACCUCCGAAGCAUGACAGAGAAUGAGUUCAAGUGUCUUAUAUUUGUGUGCGGGUUGACCUCUCCUGAAGACACAGACAUAAGAACAAGAAUCCUCAGCAAGAUUGAGCAGAACCCAGACGUCACAUUACAGAAUAUUACGUCGGAAUCCCAGCGCCUGAUGAAUCUGAAGCGUGAUACCGUCAUGAUACAAGAAAGUGAUCUCAGCAAUACUGCUCAUGCGAUUCGGAAGCAUACUGUCCCUCAGGGUGACAAGAAACCACCCUCGGCAUGCUGGAAAUGUGAAAACACCGCUGCAGCAGGUGCUCCCGUAGACGAUUGUGUCACGAGAAAUGAAUUGAUCCCGACCCAUGAGUUCAAAAAGUGUGAAUGGAGAGGUGAAUGGGGCGUGACAACACGUAAAAUGAAAUCAGACAACCGAUGCAUACCGUGCCAGUCGGCAAUCUUGAUUGAGCUAGCCCCGACUUCAGCAGCGUACACGGGCUCCUCAGACACUGUGGAUGGACAAGAGGCAGAGGAUGGAGAGAGCCAAAUGUAG